ACGCAUGCGCAGUCGGUCGGUUGUAACUCGAACUACUGAAUAAUCUGAGAAGCUGUUCGCACUGCACAUCUCUCUGCUAAACGACUAGACGCUACAGAGUGUUGUUCUACACAACAGGAGGCGUCUUUCUCAGCAGCAUCCAGUGACAGAGCUCCACUGACAAGCAGCCAUGAGCUUCUUUGGUUUUGGUCAAAGUGCGGACAUCGACAUAGUUCUGAAUGACGCCGAAACGAGAAAGAAAGCUGAGCAUAAAAGCGAAGACGGCAGGAAGGACAAAUAUUUUCUCUUCUACGAUGGGGAAACGGUGUCGGGGAAAGUCAACGUUACGCUUAAAUAUCCCGGAAAGAGACUGGAGCACAACGGCAUCAAGAUUGAGUUUAUCGGCCAGAUUGAGCUGUACUAUGACAGAGGAAACCACCAUGAGUUUGUGUCUCUUGUAAAAGACUUGGCUCGGCCAGGGGAGCUCACACAGUCACAGACGUUUGACUUCGAGUUCACACACGUGGAAAAACCUUACGAGUCUUACACUGGUCAAAACGUCAAAUUGCGAUACUUCCUGAGGGCGACAGUAAGCCGGCGACUGAAUGACAUUAGCAAAGAGCUGGACAUCGUGGUCCACACUCUCAGCACCUACCCUGAGCUCAACUCCUCCAUCAAGAUGGAAGUGGGAAUCGAGGACUGUCUACACAUAGAGUUUGAGUACAAUAAAUCAAAGUAUCACCUAAAAGAUGUCAUCGUAGGGAAGAUUUACUUCCUGCUGGUGAGGAUUAAGAUCAGACAUAUGGAGAUUGAUAUCAUUAAGCGGGAGACAACCGGCACAGGACCCAACGUCUACCAUGAGAACGACACCAUAGCGAAGUACGAAAUCAUGGAUGGAGCUCCAGUCAGAGGAGAGUCCAUCCCCAUCAGGCUGUUUCUGGCAGGCUAUGAGAUGACACCCACCAUGAGAGACAUUAACAAGAAGUUCUCUGUGCGGUACUACCUCAACCUGGUCCUCAUCGAUGAGGAGGAAAGACGCUAUUUCAAACAGCAGGAGAUCACUCUGUGGAGGAAAGGUGAUAUAGUGAGGAAGAGUAUGUCUCACCAAGCAGCCAUCGCCUCCCAGCGCUUUGAAGGCUCCUCCAAUCCAGAGAGGUCCCAGUCCCAGAGCAAUGAAGAAGGCGACAGCUAAAGCCCAGCAUGCACUUCACCCCUGCGUACGGUUACCUCCACUGAGACAACACUUCACUGAAAUCUGUUGAAGAAAAACAAGUAUCAUUCAAGAAACAAGUGUACACAGUACAUGUUUUUGUUUUUGUUUUGUUUUUUUGUUUUUUUCUUAAAUGUGGCUGUUAUUUUACUUGCUGCCAGUCCUGGUACAGACACAGUAGCUAAACUAACCCAGUUUGUAAUAAAGAGUAAACUGAGAUUAAAAUAGAAAAGAAUGAUGAAAUGUACAGUAAACUAUAAAUGCACAAUGUAAAUGCAACCUCCUCCUUUUUUUUUGUUUAUGUUCUUGUCAUAUUUUAUCUUCCUGUCUAUAAAUGUUGAUUUUGAUCAUUUUAUAUUCUUGUUUUACUUUGCAUUAAAAGGGAGUAACUGAAUAACACA